AUGGGUUCGCAUGAAAAACACGGCUCUCGCAAUAGUCGAGAUAAAGCUGAUUCAAAAAAACAUCGUUCUCCAAAACGCGAAAAAAUUCGUCAGGAUCGAAGUCGUUCGCCACGGGAAAAACAGACGAAGGAUAACAGUAUAUCGCCAAAAAAAAGAGAUCGAAGUAGUUCUCGGGAUCAGUCCGAUCGGGAUGUUAAAAAGGAAAAAAAGAAGGACAAAGAUUUGGAUUUGGGUGAAAUCGUUGCCAUGGCGGAUAAGAGUGAAGCUGAAAGAAAAUUAGAAGUUGAAAUGCAGAAGCGUCGUGAAAGAAUCGAAAAGUGGCGCUCAGAACGGAAAAAAGGAGAGAUAACAACAAGUGAUGAAGGUACUUCGAAAAUAGAGGAACGGCAGCAACAGGAGAAGAAAUGGACAUUAGAUAACGAAGAAGAAGACGAAGAAAGUAUACCGCAAGAUGUUGAAAAAAAAGAGUUAGAGGAUGACGAUGAAAUUGAUCCACUUGACGCAUUCAUGUCUGAAGUCAAUAAAGAAGUUCGUGCCUCUAAAUAUGGCCUAGAGCAGAGUAAUGAUGGAAAAGCCCGUAUAGUUGUUAUCAAAUCAGAUGCAAAUUUAGAGCCAAAGAAGGGUGAAAUCAUCGAAGCAGAAGACGAAAUCGAGGUGUAUUAUCGCCCUUUCCGUAAGAAUUUCUAUGUGGAAACUGCCGAACUGGCAAAAAUAACGAAGAAAGAAGUAGAUGAGUACCGAGAAGAACUGGAUAUACGUGUGAGAGGUAAAAAUUGUCCAAAACCUGUCCGAUCAUGGGCACAAUGUGGUGUCGAGUGGAAAAUUUUGAGUACUUUGAAAAAAUUAGAAUAUAAAAAACCGACACCAAUCCAAUCCCAAGCAAUUCCGGCAAUAAUUAGUGGUCGUGAUGUUAUUGGUAUUGCUAAAACUGGUAGUGGUAAAACACUUGCCUUCUUGCUACCUAUGUUUAGACACAUAUUAGAUCAACCAGAACUGGAAGAAAUGGAUGGCCCUAUUGCCGUAAUAAUGUCACCGACGAGGGAACUUGCAAUGCAGACAUGGAAGGAAGCGAAUAAGUUUGCGAAACAAUUAGAUAUCCGUGUUGCAUGUGUUUAUGGUGGUGUCGGAAUAUCCGAUCAAAUAGGGGAUUUGAAACGAGGAGCUGAGGUUGUUGUGUGUACUGUUGGACGUCUUACGGAUAUGCUUGCUGCAAAUAAAGGCAAAGUGACAAAUUUGCGACGGGUAACAUACCUCGUACUUGAUGAAGCGGACAGAAUGUUCGAUAUGGGAUUCGAACCACAAGUGAUGAAAAUUGUAAAUAAUAUACGGCCUGAUAGACAGACGGUUCUGUUCUCUGCAACCUUUCCACGACAAAUGGAAGCACUUGCAAGAAAAAUUUUGGAUAAACCGAUUGAAAUAAUGGUAGGAGGCAAAAGUGUUGUUUGUGACGAUGUGAAUCAGAGUGUUGUAAUUCUGGAAGAACAUCAGAAAAUGUUGAAACUUUUGGAACUACUCGGUGUUUAUUGGGAAAAUGGAAAUGUUUUGGUGUUUGUUGACAAGCAAGAAAAAGCAGAUGAUCUGGUUUCACAGCUAAUGCGCAGUGGCUAUAAUUGCGCUCCAUUACAUGGUGGCAUUGAUCAGUUCGAUCGUGACUCAACAAUACUUGACUAUAAAGCCGGUAAAAUUAAACUUUUGGUAGCAACAUCCGUGGCUGCACGAGGAUUAGAUAUCAAGAAAUUGAUCCUUGUGGUCAACUAUGAUUGUCCAAAUCAUUAUGAAGACUAUGUGCAUCGUGUUGGUAGAACAGGAAGAGCAGGCAAUAAAGGAUAUGCUUAUACUUUCAUCUUAUCAACCGGGCAGGAACGCAUGGCAGGUGAAGUAUGUCGAGCUUUCGAAACAGCUGGGAAGGAACCACCAGAGCAACUGAAAAAAAUGUGGGAAGACUAUAAGGCACACAUGGCAGCAGAAGGGAAAACUGUCCAUAUCGGUGGUUGUGGAUUUUCCGGAAGCGGUUACAAAUAUGAUCAGGCUGAAGACGAGAAAGAAGCAACGCGGCGAAAAGUUACGCGUUUAAUGCAUGGGAUGGAAAAUGCGGUAGAUGAUGAUGAUGAUGAUGAGAUCGAGCAGCAGCUUAGUAGUAUGAUGAAGGGCAAAAGACGCGUUGUAGAGGGUCAUACUUUUGGUGGUAUAAUCUCAAGCUCAGGAGUUGCGGGUGACAAGUUGGAAAAGGCGCGAGCAAUGGCAGCAAAGAUUGCUGAAGCAAAGCAACUUGGGGUCACAGCACCAGUAGAAAAAGACGCAGCUUCGUUGACAGCCGAAGCCGUUAUGCGUGGUAGUGAUGCAGUACCGAUAGCAUUAUCGGCAAAAUCCAUAGCAAAGCAAAAAGCAGAACAGUUGAAUGAACGCUUAAAUUAUAUUCCAUCAGAGUUAAUUCCCGGAGUUGAGACAGAAACAGAAUUGCAAUAUUUUGAAGAGGAAAUUGAGAUUAAUGACUUCCCGCAACAAAUUCGUUAUAAAAUAUGUUCUAGGGACAGCUUAGCUCAGGUGCAAGAAUAUGCUGACGUUGGGAUUUCCGUGAAAGGAUCUUAUUAUCCAGGUAAUAAGGAGCCAAAAGAUGGUGAAAGGAAGCUUUUUCUUUUUCUGGAAGCACGAUCAGAGCUUGCGUUACGCCGUGCACGUGAAGAAAUUUUAAGAAUCAUGAAGGAUACAGUGCGGCAAAUGGUGAUUUUUCUGAAUUUUUUCCUGGCAGAAUGUGUUUGGGGCGAAACGAUUAGUGCAGAGAAUAAACUCAUAGGGCUUAAUCGACCUCACAUCCCUGCGCUAACUGCUGCUACGACAUCAAACCGUAAUAAUUCCUACAUCGCACUAGUGUUGGAAAUGUUAGCUUCAGAUAUGACGUCCCGAUUAUCCACUGAUCCAACGUUCCCAUCGAAGGGCACCACUAAAAAAGAGAAGAAGGAUGAAUCGUUUUUUGAAAAGUUGGGAACUCUUGGAAGAAAAAAAAAAUCACAACAAUUGGAACAAGAAGCUGAGAAUGAAGCUGUUGAAGUUGAAACAGAAGGAGCAAAAGCAAUUGAUUCUGCAGUUAUCCCAGUUUCAGCGACUCUGCAGAAUAUUAUGCUUGAAGAAGGAGAAGAGAAAAGACUCCUGACCAUGGAAUCUCGUGACGAUCCACGUGUACAGGAAAUAAUACAGCUUUUGAUUCACUGGUUGAACUAUGAAUUAGCACCGCAAAGAAUCGUUGUGAAACACAUACAGGAAGAUUUAUAUGACGGUCAAAUCAUACAAAAACUUACUGAAAAACUAGCCAAUAUCAAGGCCUGUAUUGAAGUACCUGAAGUGUCUCAAAGUGAGGAAGGACAGCGGCAAAAACUGCAUAAAGUGAUUGAAACUGUUAAUCGGAUCAUCGCUCAGGGGCAAUAUGAAAAAGCAAAAUGGAAUGCUGAUCUGAUUCACAAUAAAGUGCUGGACACAGUAGCAAUUAUACAGCUUUUGGUUGCGAUUGCCAUAUACUUUCGAGCUCCCGUUAGAUUUCCGGAAUAUGUGAAUGCACAGAUUCUUGUUAUACAGAAGAAAGACAAUCAACUAAAGAGUCGUUACAUCACCGAGCAGCUUACGACAACGCAAUCAGAAUUGGGUGUUAAGGGUGAAAGGGAUGCUUUCGAUACUUUGUUCGACUAUGGACCAGACAAACUGGCUCAUGUAAAGAGUUCGCUGUUAGCUUUCUGUAAUAAACAUCUUAACAAGAUUAAUUUGGAAGUGACAGAUCUGGAGAAUCAGUUCAAGGAUGGUGUUUAUUUGGUGCUCUUGAUGGGUUUGCUAGAAGGAUACUUCGUUCCACUUUACAGUUUCGAUUUGCAGGCCUUAACAUACGAGCAGAAAAUACACAACGUUACAUUCGCGUAUCAGCUGAUGUAUGAAGCCGAUCUGCAACGUCCACGUGCACGAGUACAGGAUAUUGUAAAUGGUGAUUUAAAAAGUACGCUGCGUAUUCUUCAUUCAUUAUUUACACGAUACAAACAUGUAUAA